GGCUGGGAAGCUUAGUAGCGGUGUGAAGGGGAAGGAAAAAACAACAACAAACAAAUCGGCCUGCUUGAGAACCGGGGGAUCAGUGCGGAGAGACAACACACACACACACACACGCGUCGAUUUUGAAAUUGCAAAAAUUAUAUUAAAGGGGUGAAUGUCGGAUUAAUUCAGAGCGAGAUUUAAGAGCGAAGACGCGAGAAGGGAAAGCAACUCGGUUUUGUGUGUGUGUGUGUGUGUGUGUGUGUGUGUGUGUGUGUGUGUGUGUGUGUGUGAGAGAGAGAGAGAGAGAGAGAGGGGGCUCGGGGUGAAGUUGCCUCCCUGUUAGCGGCGCUUUAAACGGGGAAGAAAGGGCCACGAGAGCGGUCGCGGCCGAGCUGCGGGGAAAAUGGACUAUGAUUUCAAAGUGAAACUGACUGGAGAAAGGGAACGAGUGGAGGACCUGUUCGAGUACGAGGGAUGUAAAGUCGGCCGGGGGACCUACGGGCAUGUGUACAAGGCGAAGAGAAAAGACGGGAAGGAUGAUAAAGAGUAUGCGCUGAAGCAGAUCGAGGGCACAGGGAUCUCCAUGUCUGCAUGCAGAGAAAUAGCGCUGCUCAGAGAGCUGAAGCACCCCAAUGUGAUCUCACUGCAGAAAGUUUUCCUGUCACAUGCGGACCGCAAAGUGUGGCUUCUCUUCGACUAUGCAGAGCAUGACCUCUGGCACAUCAUUAAGUUCCACCGAGCCUCUAAGGCCAAUAAGAAACCUCUGCAGCUGCCGCGCGGGAUGGUGAAGUCUCUUCUCUACCAGAUCCUGGACGGCAUCCACUAUCUGCACGCCAACUGGGUCCUUCACAGAGACCUGAAACCUGCAAAUAUCUUAGUAAUGGGCGAGGGGCCAGAGAGGGGCCGUGUCAAAAUAGCGGAUAUGGGCUUUGCCCGGCUCUUUAAUUCACCACUAAAGCCUUUAGCUGAUCUGGACCCUGUGGUGGUCACCUUCUGGUACCGAGCACCAGAACUGCUGCUGGGAGCCAGACAUUACACCAAAGCCAUCGAUAUCUGGGCAAUCGGCUGCAUCUUCGCCGAGCUCUUGACAUCGGAGCCGAUAUUCCACUGUAGGCAGGAGGACAUUAAGACCAGUAACCCGUACCACCACGACCAGCUGGACCGCAUCUUUAAUGUCAUGGGCUUCCCUGCAGAUAAAGACUGGGAGGACAUUAAGAAGAUGCCGGAACACUCCACACUUAUGAAAGACUUCAGAAGGAACACAUACACUAACUGCAGCCUUAUAAAAUACAUGGAAAAGCAUAAAGUCAAACCUGACAGUAAAGCAUUCCACUUGCUCCAAAAGCUGCUCACUAUGGACCCGAUCCGAAGGAUCACAUCUGAACAGGCCAUGCAGGACCCGUACUUCCUGGAGGAGCCUCUUCCCACCUCUGAUGUAUUCGCAGGUUGCCAGAUCCCAUACCCCAAGCGAGAGUUCUUGACAGAGGAGGAACCCGAGGACAAGGCGGAUAAAAAGAACCAGCAGCAACAGGGGAACAACCACACCAAUGGGGCGGGGCACACUGGUAACCCUGACAACAGCCACGCACAAGGCCCGCCUCUCAAAAAAGUGAGAGUGGUUCCGCCUACCACUACCUCAAGCGGCCUGAUCAUGGCCUCAGACUACCAGCGUUCAAAUCCACAUGCUGCCUACCAGAACCCAGGACCAAGCACAUCACUGCCCCAGAGCAGCAUGGGAUACUCCUCUACCUCCCAGCAGCCUCCGCAAUACUCGCACCAGACACACCGCUACUGAGCCCAUGCCCACCCGGCGCCCUGAAGAAAGAACGUACUGUGCGGGGAGGUGGGUGUGACCACGGGCAUGACCUUAAAGCCCCGCCACUCCUUCUCCCUCCGGGCGCUCGUCAUGUAACGUUACCAUAAAGACACCGCCAAGACUCGAACUAACAUAAUGAUGCAUCCCAUCGCCACGACAACAGAGAACAUGCGUGUGGAAAAAGCACGGUAAUGAAAGGCAGAGAAUGAACGUGUCUGUACGUGUCUGUGUCAUGGGUCAUCUGUCUGAUUCUUUGCGCAGAUAUUUCACAAAUUCAUAAAUAAACAUUCAAAAUAAACCUAAAGAGCAAAAAAAUAAAAUAAAAACCAUGUGGUACUAAAAGCUGUGCUUAAUUUGAGGGGGUUCUCCAAUCAACAAAACUCCUAGCAUCUCCAGAACUAAAGCUGCUAAUGAAUUAAUGACUGCCAGCAUUGACAGAAUAUAACACACACUUUCACAAUUAGACACACACUUAGACACACUUACACACAGGUCAUUGCUGGUUGUGUAUUCUAAGUGCUGGAGCUGCUGUGUGGAGUCUGACAAGUGCAUCUUGUGCCCCCUGCUGGACAAUAGCGUUAAUGGCCACUGGGAAGGGAGAAGGGAUGGAGAAUGAAAAACAGAAAACUUGACUUUAGUAGUUCUAAUUUAAUGUUUCUUGCUUUGUUUUCACGUUAGGAGAGGCAAGAGGCUUUUGUCUUUUUUUGUUUGUUUUUUCUUUGCUGUGACAGACGCAGGUCUGUGCCAUGACUCGGUCUGAUUCGGCUGCCCCAUGGACCAGACCUGUGUAGUGAGCAGAUCGCUGAUACGUUGUACUGUAUUGUAAUGAAAUAUUUUACAUGAAGCAAGUAUCCUGAUAAUAAAGAGGGAAACGUUUAAAA